ACUAGGUCAAAUGCAGCGGACUCACUCUUUAUGAGGACUGGUGCUCGGGAGUGGUACACGCAGCCGACCCGUCGGUUCGCAUCGACUGGGACAGAGUUAACCCUUUUGAAAAAGCCCUCACCUUUCUAUCCAUAGCUGACGUGGAUAUCGUGCUCCAAUCUGAACCUCUUCUCCUGCUCUGGAGGAGAGCUGGCUUUAUCGUGUAAUUGGCCCGGAAGGCCUGCCUCCAGGCGGCAUUCCUCGUAGUUUCGAGGAGGCUUCUCAGAUAAUAAGGCCUUGAGGCGGCACUCCACAUGGGGGGGUGCUUGUCUCAGCCCAGCGGCGAUGCCAAGUCGUCCCACUACCCGGACAAGAAGCCCUUGGGCCAGGGGUUUCCAGAGUACACAUACGACGAGAUGAUGCUCAUGACUGACCGCCUCAAGAAGCCCAUCGGCCAGGGGGCUUCGGAGUCGUGUACAAGGGCUUCCUGCAUGACACAGCAGCAGCGGCAGCAGCUGCUGCUGCUGCUGCUCCGGCUGGGGCUGCUGGCGAGGGGAGUGAAGCGGAAGGGGAAGGGAAAGGAGGGGCGGAAGGUGCGGCGGCACAGGUUCUGGUGGCUGUGGCGGUGAAAGUUCUGGAUAACGAGGAUGUGGAGCUCAAGGACGACGAGCAGUUCCAUGCGGAGCUGAUGGCAAUGGAGCAGCUGUCGCACCCAACAUCCUGUCGCUCUACGGCUACGUGUCCGGACCCACCCCCGCCCUCAUAUACGAGUUCAUCCCCAACGGCAACGCUGAGGCUUAUCUUAGAAAAGCGGUGCAAGGCAAGGCCGAGUUUCCCUGGAAGGCGCGGCUGCGGGUGGCUCUGCUGUGCGCGCAGGCACUGCAGGUGAUGCACCAGCACGACUACGUGCACCGCGACUUCAAGGCGUCCAACGUGCUGCUCAGAGAGGACCUCACGCCAGUGCUGGCAGACUUUGGGUUGGCACGCACGGUGAACAACUGGCAGAGCCACGUCACCACGCGAGUCAUGGGGUCCACAGGCUACAUUGACCCCGUCUACUUCGAGUCCGGUCAUUUGAAUGCCAAUGCGAUACGUACGCAUUUGGGAUCUUCCUCCUCGAGCUUGUGUCGGGCAUGUUGGUCACUGACAAGAACUUUGAGGGGUUGAGAAUGACCCUUGCCACGGGGGCUGACCUGCCCGAAGCUGAGAAAGUGUUGGAUCCAACACUGGCUGGGCAGUGGACGAAGAAAGAUGCGCUUAUGGCCUUAACCUUGGUGAAGUAUGCGGUUGCAGGGAAGUGGGAGACACGACCUUCAAUGGAUGUGCUUGUAUCAAAGCUCAAAGUGGUGUAUGAGAGAUGACAUGUCUCGGAAUGUUUUAGGAACCAUAGAUUGUUGAGGAUGGUAAAUGUAGGGCUCGUCUAACCCACAUACCGAGCGGUACUCUGGAUCGGCUUUAUCUUCCACAGUUGGUUGGAAUGUUUCCU